AUGACGAGUUCGAGUCGUACCUCAAAGCGGAAUCGGAUACGCGGAACAAGAUUGUCAGCCUCGAAGCGGCCGCAGACGACAACGAGACCUGCGAAGUCACCGGAAAUUCACCACAGCGAAGCCCUCACAAAAAAUCUUUCGUGGGAAUUGGAACGCCUUCACCAAUUGCUCUUGCUGCUCUGCGGCUGCAACCAUGGCGC